AUGUUCUUCGCCCGCACCGCCUUGUUGGCGGCUUUGGCGAGCUAUGCCUACGCCCAAACCUCGACCGAUUGUAACCCGUUGAACACAACAUGCCCCGCGGAUUCUGCCCUUGGCACCGAGCACACCUGGAACUUCAACACGACGUUGGACGAUAAGAUCUGGGAUAUGCAAACUGGUGACUAUGAAUACGGCGACGAUGGCGCUGAGUUCACAUUGACUGGUGAAGGCACCUCCACCCUUCUUUCAUCGAACUUCUACAUCUUCUUCGGUGUCGUGGAAUCCCACGUGAAGAUGGCGAAGGGUGCCGGUCUCGUCAGCAGUGUCGUUUUGGAGUCCGAUGACCUCGACGAGAUCGAUUGGGAGUGGGUUGGAUACAACACUAGCGCCGUCCAAUCCAACUUCUUUGGCAAGGGUAACGAUACUUCCUUCGAUCGUGGUGGUACCCACCUCGUGUCGAAUGCCGACACCGAAUUCCACAACUACACCACCUACUGGGACGAGGAGAAGCUUCAAUGGUGGAUCGAUGGAGACAUGGUUCGCGAGCUCAAGUACGACGACGAGGGUACAGUGGGUGGAGAGAAUUACCCACAAACCCCCUGUCGGGUGAAGUUCAGUCUUUGGCCUGCCGGUACCAAGAAGGCUGCUCAAGGUACUAUUGACUGGGCUGGUGGUCUGGUCGAUUGGGAUGCCGCUCCCUUCACCAUGGUCCUCGGAAAGCUUCGUGUCAAGGAUUUCCACUCCGGCAAGGAGUACACCUACGGGGACCACUCUGGUUCCUUCGACAGCAUCAAGGUUGUAGACGGAAACUCGACCACCGUGGAAGAACUCAACAAACCCCCCGCCAAGACGACCGCCGAGAAAUGGGAUGACCUCGGUGAGGGUGCUCACAUUGGAAUCUACUGCGGUGCUGCUGCUGCCGCCGUGAUCGCCAUCGCAGGAUUCUUGAUCUUCUGCCUGCGCCAGCGUCGCAAGGGCCGUCUCGAGCACGCCCUUGACAACAACCAAUACGCCGAGAACCGCACCGAGAUGCAGAACUUCCAGAACGACUGGAAAGCUAGCGAGUUCAAGAACGGUGGCUACAAGCAAGUCAACAAUUAG